AUGGUGGCGACCUCUACGCCACCUCCACCACUUAUCGGUUUGGGAGGUAGAAGACCCUCCGAAGACCCAGUCCUCCGGGAUCCUAGACGGCUCCAGGCGGAAGCAGGAGGCAGGGUCUUUGUCCCUCUAUCCCCUCGCCUCUAUGGUUCCGCUGAGCUCCCAAAAUUCCCCGGGCGGCUGGUCUAUUUCUCUAGUCCGCGGAGGAGGAGCCUUCGAAGCAGCAUUGGUCUGUCGGAGCGCCACCUGCACGUCCUGUGCCGCCGCAUCCCGGGCCCCGCCGCCGCCGCCGCCAUGGCGCCCCCCACAGGAGAUGUCCUGGAUAAUGUCUCUCCAUGUUCUGUGACAAACUGCUUACGGUGGGACUUGACAGCAGGGCAGAUUGAAAAUCUUACCAAUGAACUCAUUGAAAAAACCAAGCGUGUAUAUGAUCAAGUGGGAUCACAGGAGUUUGAAGACGUAUCCUAUGAGAGUACUCUCAAGGCAUUGGCUGAUGUAGAAGUGGAAUACACAGUUCAGAGGAACAUUCUGGAUUUCCCACAGCAUGUUUCCCCCUCCAAAGAUAUCCGAACAGCCAGUACUGAAGCUGACAAAAAGCUCUCUGAGUUUGAUGUCGAGAUGAGCAUGAGGCAGGAUGUAUACCAGAGGAUUGUUUGGCUGCAGGAGAAAGUUUCAGUAGACUCAUUGAGGCCAGAAGCCAAGAGAUAUCUGGAUCGGUUAGUUAAGCUGGGAAAGCGGAAUGGACUGCACCUCCCAGAAGAAACUCAAGAAAAAAUAAAAAACAUUAAAAAGAAGCUGAGUCUCCUUUGCAUUGACUUCAACAAGAACUUGAAUGAGGACACUACCUUCUUGCCAUUCACCCGAGAUGAGCUAGGAGGCCUUCCUGAGGACUUUCUGAACUCUUUGGAGAAGACAAAGGAUGAUAAGUUGAAAGUCACUCUCAAAUACCCUCAUUAUUUUCCUCUCCUAAAGAAGUGUUAUGUUCCUGAGACUCGGAGAAAGGUUGAAGAGGCUUUCAACUGUAGAUGCAAGGAGGAGAAUUGUGCAAUCCUUCGGGAGCUAGUAGAUCUCCGGGCUCAGAAGUCCAGCCUGUUAGGAUUUAACACUCAUGCUGACUACGUCCUAGAGAUGAAUAUGGCCAAAACAAGUCAAGAUGUUGCCACGUUCCUAGAUGAACUGGCCCAGAAACUGAAGCCUCUUGGGGAAGAAGAGCGAGCGGUCAUUUUGGAGUUGAAAAAGAAAGAAUGUGAGAAGCGGGGCCUGGAUUUCGACAACCAGAUCAAUGCCUGGGACAUGCGCUACUACAUGAAUCAGGUGGAGGAGACCCGCUAUAAUGUGGACCAGAACUUGCUCAAGGAGUACUUCCCCAUGCAGGUGGUCACCAAGGGCCUUCUGGGCAUAUACCAAGAGCUCCUGGGCCUGACUUUUGAACUAGAAGAGAAUGCCAAAGUUUGGCAUGAGGAUGUGAAAUUGUAUUCAGUGAGGGAUGUGGACUCAGGCAAAGUGAUAGGGAAAUUCUACCUGGACCUGUAUCCCCGGGAAGGGAAGUAUGGGCAUGCAGCCUGCUUUGGCCUACAGCCUGGUUGCCUCCUCAAGGAUGGCGGCCGGCAGAUCUCCAUUGCGGCCAUGGUGGCCAACUUCACCAAACCGACCCCGGAUGCCCCCUCCCUGCUGCAGCACGAUGAGGUGGAGACCUACUUCCACGAGUUUGGACACGUGAUGCACCAGCUCUGUUCUCAGGCAGAGUUUGCCAUGUUCAGUGGGACCCAUGUGGAGCGAGACUUUGUAGAAGCACCGUCCCAGAUGCUGGAAAACUGGGUGUGGGAGAAGGAGCCUUUGAAGCGCAUGUCCCAGCACUACAAGACAGGAGAGCCCAUCCCUCAGGAGCUGCUGGAGAAACUCAUCAAGUCCCGUCAGGCAAAUACAGGUCUCUUCAACCUGCGUCAAAUUGUCCUUGCCAAGGUGGACCAGGCCCUGCAUACCCAGACCAAAGCAGACCCAGCUGAGGAGUAUUCACGGCUGUGCCAAGAAAUCUUAGGGAUUCCAGCCACUCCAGGUACUAACAUGCCAGCCACUUUUGGUCACUUGGCGGGAGGCUACGAUGCCCAGUACUAUGGCUACCUCUGGAGUGAGGUGUUUUCCAUGGACAUGUUCCACACACGCUUCAAAAUGGAAGGGGUCCUCAACUGUAAGGUUGGCAUGGAUUACAGGAACUGCAUCCUGAAGCCCGGCGGCUCUGUGGAUGCCAUUAACAUGCUGCAGCAGUUCCUCGGCCGGGAGCCCAAGCAAGACGCCUUCCUCCUGAGCAAAGGCCUGAAGGUGUUGGACAGCAGCUCCCCCUCUGCCUGCUGAUGGGCCGGCGCCGAGACACGGGAGCUCCUUCGAGCAUCCCCAUUCUUCAGGACUGAGCAAGUGUGGACGUAACCUCUGUUGGCCUCCCUGUUGCCUUAAACCCCCAACAGAGAGAGAACAGAGGGACUCCAGCAAAGCCACUACCAGAGGGGAGUGGGAUGAGGGGGUUUUUCUACACCCUGCCCCAAACCCACCCUGUUUUGCUUUCUACUUUUUAACCUUCCAGUCCCUCUUUAGGGUCUUUGCUCAGUCACAUUAAGAUGUUUGGAGAGUUCUUGUGUUGGCUGUAUGGCCUGAUAUCUUUUUCCCUUGUCCACCCUACCCCAGAGUAACCAAGAUCAAGGUUCUCUACUGAAACUAUAACUCUAAUCUUUUUUUUUUUUUUUUUUUUAAGUGGAGAGAAAGAAGGAGAGUCUCUCCUCUGCUUCCCUCUGCCUCCCUCUUGCCCUUCUCCUACCUUGAAAUGGUUUAGUUUAACAUUGGUUGUUAAGGCAGAAAUCAUGGCUUAGUCUUUUGGGGGUGGUUUUAUCAUACACUGUUUUGGUGAGAAUUGGUUCGACCUCAGGGAAUAGACAGCUGGGGUGAGUGUGAUGUGUGCGCGUGUGUGGAGUAGCUGGUGAGUGAAAUGAGUGACUCGUUCUCCUAACUGGAACUGAGGGGCCUUAGGAAGUUCUCCCUGAGCUUUGUACGACCUUUGCUCUGGGAUUCUGAGGCUGGCAUCUCGUGUGUGUCCGAUGCCUGGCCCACAUCCUGUCCCUGAGGAAGCCUAUCGUUAACCUGUUCAGUGAGGUCAGAUCGGAACUUCCUAGGAAGAAGGUAUUUGGAAAGAACUUGGCCAAAGCAACACCCUCCUUUGACUGCAACAGACUUUCUCUAGAUGUCCCGGGAGAGAUUCUGGGCCUGGUUCUUGCCAGGGAUCCCUUCAGCCUGCGUGAACAAGACUAGCCCGGAGACUUGGACUUUCUGGGAUCUGUGAGCCCCAGGCAGCAGAGGUGAGGGUGUAAUAGCGGAGAUAGAAGGCCCCCAGGGAAAACCUGCAGCCCCUUGGACUGAGAAGUGGGAGGGAACAGGCUUAAAUUGGUGGGUGUCCAAUAAAUCAGGGCGUGAGGUCUUCGGUCCUGACAUACUGCCUGUCCCUGUGCCCUCAGUCGGUGAAUAAGCAUUGAUUAAAUGUUCCUAAGACAAACCUCCAGCUUCAAGGAGCUUACUGUCCAGUGGCAAAGUCAACAUGCACACAACUAGGCCCAAAAAGCUGCAGAUGGCAAAAACGGGAGAUGCUCAACUGGGAAGAGGGAUUGGGAAGUGCUUGUGUAGAAGGGGGAACAUAAAGCCAGGAGGCAGAGAUGUGGCAGGAGUGUUCCUAGCAAGGGAGUCAGCCAGAAAAUGCCUGGAGCCUAGGCAUGGAGGGUCUUGUUUAAGGAGCAGCCACCGAGUCACACUAAGUUCACUUCCAUCGGAAGGCACAUGAGUGCCAUCUUUUUCUCCCUCCCUUGCCUGCCUCCUGUAAUAGCUCUACCCCUGACUCACUGUGGUUUCGGGCCAACUUCUCUGACCCUCACAUUGGGGUGGGUGAUCUUCCUACUCCUAAUAUUCAGGAACUCAGUGAAGAGUGAGUGCUCCCAAUAAAAUGCCCUCCUUCCUAGAAGCCUCCCUCUUGCUUCUGCAGCACUGGGCCUGGGGUGGGCUUCUCUGCCAUAGGAGGCCCCUCUUCCCUAAUAUUCCUUCAGGAGGAAGUCAAGGCCACUUCCUGGGAGCCGAGUCAGUUAUGGCUGAACCAACUAAGAAUGAUUAGAAUUUAAUAAUGGCCCCAGAUCAUCAACCUCAGGCAUAACAUCUCCAAUCCCUCGCCCUCAUGGGCCUAGCAGCUCUUGGCUGACUAUAGUAGCACCUGGACUUUGACCUCAUUGUUUAACCCUCCCCUGCUUCUGGCGCCUUGUUCCCCUCCUUACUAAGGAAUAGCCAGAGACAGAGGGAUUUCAUUUUCAUUCACUACUUUUAGUCCUUUUGUUUCAAUUAGAAACUUCUUUUCUUACUAUCUUGGUGGUAAGCCCCUGUCCCUGACUAUGAAAGGGAAGUGUCAGUGCCUUCCUCUCUCUCCUAUGGGCUUUUCAGUCAGGUGCUUGGAGUUUCCGUGACUCCCCUAGCCUUUGCUUAAGCAUCCCUCUCUUGAUCUCAGCAGACCCCAAGGUAGAAACAGCUGACAGUAGUCAGUCAUGGCAAGAUUUACCUGGAAAAUCAAGUACUGAGCUUUCCAGGCUGGCAAAGAAGGAACAAAGGAAGGGAGUGUUUGCCCCUCCCAUCAUCUGCCUGUGGACCAGUUUUUGGGGGGAGGAGUCCUGUUCCCGUUUUCCCACUCCCCCUACCCUAUCUCUCACUUAUACCCAGCUCCCCAGCCAGGGGAUAUGAUAUUGAGGCAGUUUUGUGCCCGAGCUUGAGACUAUUAAUUUGCAUGUCUCUUUCCUAAGGCCAGGAGGACGGAUGGCCUAUUUUUCUUAGCCAGAGCUAGUCAGGGAAGGUCUGAAGGGUCAGGAUCUAAUAUCCCUGGUGUCGUCACUGUCCCAGGAGAGUCAGGGGCUGACUGAAAUUCUGUGGCUACCACAGCUGAAUGGUGUAAUAUCUAUAAUUCUCUAGUUCAAAAUACCAAAUCCACAGGGCAGUUGUACUGGUGUUGGGAGCCACAACCGUCCCUAUUAAUUUCUCUGUCCAGCUGCCAUCCUUUUGUGCUAGCCAAACCCUGCUGAACCUGCAGCGAGUGAAGUUCCUCUGAUUCAUGUCAGCCUUGAGGUUCAGGCAGCUGACUGAUCUUUGUCCUGCCACAUGGCACCCGGGAAGGCUGGAAGCUGGUGGGGACUCCUGGCUUGUGACCUUCGGACCCACCACUGGGUUGGGCUUUUUGUUGUUUUUGUUUUAAAGAUGUAGAUGUCAAAACUCAAGCAGGGAGAAUAACAGGGAGUCUGAGAGAUUUCAUUGCCAACCGGCAGGGGAGGGGCCAUUUCAAGAAGUCACUUAAAAGGUGGCUAGUGUCCUGGGAAGAUGGCUGCCUUUGUGCACCAUCCCUAGCUGCAGGAUCAUAGGAUGGCUCCUUAAGGGUCAGGCCUUCACCUCUUAAUCUGUGGUCUCAUCAGGUAGGCAAAAGAGGCAUUUUCUGUCCAAGUCACUUGGGCCCAGAAUAACCACAUGCUUUGCUUGGAAUUUGAGGAGGGAAGGCUUGAUUUUUGGUCGUCCUUGCUGGCGACCUAACCCACCCUGUAUCCCCAGUCCUGAGUCUUCACUCUCCCCAUCUCCUGUAGAAUGAUGAAAGGUCACAUGUUUGAAUUUCUGCCUGCUUUGCCGGGCCAGUCCAGACGCUCAUUCCUCAGGAGUUAGGGUCUCGGAGCUGCAAGAUAGUUGAUCCUCUGGAGAUGAAUGUGGUCCCAUCUUCCCAGAGUUCUCCCAUCACCCUCUUCCCCCAAAGCCUAGGACUCUGGGCCUCUUCAUGAAUCUUUCCUUGCCUCUACCUGACCUCAUUUCUUUUAGCCUUCUCUUCCAGCUUCUUAAGAGCUUUUUCCAUGCCCUGACGUAUAUUGCCUGCACUGAAAGCCCAGCUCAGGUACUCAGCAAAAUCCCAAAGGAGAAACGCUUGCUCAGUGGGGAUGGCUUAAAAUACCUAAGGCAGGUGUGAGACUGCUGAGUCAGCACCGGACAGUCUCAGCUCCCCAGAGGCUUCCCGCUCAGGGAGAAAGGAUUGUCUGCCAUCUUAUCGCCUUCCCCCCAGCUCCCAGAGUGGCAAGGCUGGAGAUGGCUGGUCUGUCUCAUUCAGGCUCCGCGCCUGCUCUAAGUCAGCAAGAGAACGUGGUUGCAGACUGUGCCCCUUACCCCUCCCCCUUGCCGCAGGUGCGGCAGCUGCAUGGUCAGGACACAGGCGUGUGGCACAGUAAGGAAUGCCAGGCUGGGAGGGUGCCCAGCCCCUCUUCCUUUUCUCCUUUUAUCCAUCUCAAAAGAAACCACUGGGUGGGACCCACUUCCCCCAACUGCCUCAUGGUCCCAGGCUCAGCACUGGAGUUGAAUUGAUGCUGCUGUUGUAGGAUGGGAAGAGGAAGCAGUCCUCUGGCCACGGCCACAGUCCUAGCUACCCCGUUGUGCCCGCCAAAGCCUCGUGACUGCACCGACUUUAUAGAGGCAGCUAAAACCAACUUUCAGAGAGAACGUGAUGCUAAGGCGGCCCCUCUGUAGACUUCUAGCCCUCCCUCCCUCUCCCCCAGCAAAGUCCUCUUAUUAAUUCAGCUCAGCAGUCACCAAGGAACUACUAUGCAAGGCAUUAUGCUAGGGUUACAGACCAUCCCUGGACAGUCCCUGCCUUCGGGGAGCUUACGUUCUGCAGAAAGUACUGUGAUGUAUAUGGAUCCACCUCUGGGUGUGCAGUUGGCCCCUUCCCAUCUGCCACUUUGGGGUCAAGUGUCAGUCUAUGCCCCGACCCCUGCCUUUCCCUCCUCCCCCAAAGAAUGGUGCUUUUGAGAUUUUUGUAAUGGUUCAGGUCAAACUGGCUUGUUGAGCUGGUUGUGUUUUGGCAAAAUGCUUAUUACUAAUAAUAAAGUGGUUUCUAUAAG